AUGGCGAUCGGUGACAACCAUAGGGCGGAAAAUUUAAACGGUCCGUAUACAGCUAGCGUAAACAAAAGAGCUAAAGGCUCUAUUGCUAAAAGGGCCGAAGCGUAUCUACAGGCAGUAAAAGACAGUCAGGAACCGAAGGUGCCGAGUGCACGUAAACAAAAUCUGCUAAAGCUGGAAGUGCUCCAAAGAGUUGCUAACAUUCCUAUUGUGGAAUCCGGCAUGGAAGUAACUGAGAAAAUUUACUCGAGGAUCAGGGAAUCAAAUCCACUAAUACGCUGGUAUUUCUCAAUGGGGGAAAAAUCUCUGGCCACUGGAGUGAUGCUCGCGUUACCAGCUGUUCAACUUUUGGAGUCGCCUAUUCAUCAACUAGAUAAAUUCCUGUGCAUGUCCUUAGACGUUGUGGAAAAAAGAGUACCCUCCAUAUAUUUACCACCACAGGCGAUAUACUCUGAAACCCGCCAAUACGUGCUACGUAGGGCGGACUCGGUAAAACAACUUGGUACUGCAGUACUAGAUUCUCGCGUUACCGCCGUCACUGCAAAUGCUUUAGACCGAGCGCUAACCACGGCUGAUAUGUACGUGGACAAAUAUCUACCGCCGGAUUAUCAAGAUGCUGCAGAUGUGGUGAUCAUAGUGACAAAUGCGGACGCAGUGGACAGCGGUAACGAGUCCGGCCGAGCCAGAGCAGCUCAAGCGGUGCAGCACGGGGCCAGGCUGAAGAGGAAGUUGCAGAGGCGACUGACGAGACAGGCCCUGGCUGAAGCUAAAGCUAUUAAGGAACAGAUCCACGUGCUCGCUUAUGUGGCUGAAUUGGUUGCCACAGACCCAGUACUGGCCUGGAAGAAAGCCAAAGAACUGUAUGCCUCUUUAAGUCAGCCUGAGCCGGAAAACCAAGCACGACCAGCUACGCUUGAAGAGUUAUUGGUGCUUCUAUCUCGUGAAUCUGCCAGGAAGAUCGUACAUCUUAUUAACUAUACUCACACUGAUUUACCCAACAACGUUCGUCAAGGACUGACUGUUGUGACGAAGCACAUGUUGACGGCUUCUGAUGCCCUGCUCAAGAUGUUGCCAGUGGAGAUAGCCAUAUCGGAAAUGCGUGGAUUAAGGGAAAGGCUACAAGAGAUGCUCCAACACUUGCAAGAUACCUCUAAAAUGUACUUAGAACAACUUGCCAUGCUUCUGGCAGGAAAUGAAGAACGGGAAAAGAUUGCGCCGCGUUCUGUUUACGAGCAACGAGACGAUUUGGUGACGUUCAACGGUGUAAAU